GAAUACUGCAAACAAUCAAGGUAAGAUCGAUACAUUUAUAUUUUCUUAGCGAUUGCUUCGUUAUAUCUAUGUUGUGUGAGUUAAUGGAAUAACUUCUAAUUUCGAAGUAACAUUAUUUUGGCAGUUUAACUCUUAAGAUAGAUCUAUUAUGGUUAUCGAAUGCGAAAUGAACAAGUAUCGAUUGAACGGCCCGCCAAUAUUUGCUCAUGUUGCUCCGAUCUUGCCAACCUUCAGUCAGUUCUGCACGGUGAAAGUAUUUAACUCUUAUUUUGGCACAACAAUGAAAAAUGUAUAUAUAAUAGCCUAUAGUGUAAUUUUUCAUUCAUGUUUAUACUUUGGGCAUACAGUAAUACUGCAGUAACUGCACUAGUUUUAUUACUUUGUGACAGCAUUUUUCGUUAACUAGCAAUAAUGCACAAAUUACUAAAUGCUUUUUCUUACAAGCUUUUAUGAGAUGAUUACAAAGUAACAAUAGCCUAAUAGAUAUUAUUGAGCAAGUUGGUUCAGGUAUUAUUACUCUAUGUAUUUCACAUUUUUAGUAUAGUAAUUUUAAAAUUACUAUAUUUUUUUUUCUUUUUUCAUUUAAUGUUUUGAGUCAGGAUGUCUUUCACCUUAAUAACACAUGUCAAUGUGAUUUGCUACAGAAAACUGCUGGUGGGAAUAAAAUAGCCUACGGUUUAGAGUUCACUGUCCCCAUUAAGCGCACCUGGUUACUGUACUUCAUGUAAUUGUAGGUGUAAUUACUGUGUCAUGGAGAGAGAAAAGUGGAAUAUCACUCGCAGCAAUUUAAGGAAAAGGGCUGUUAAAAGAGUCACCCAGUUUAUGAAAUCUUUGAAUGAUGAGGAUAUGGAUUGUACUAAUGAAGAGCAUAGUGUUGAAAAUGAAGUAGUUACUUCAAGCUUUGUUUUGCCACCAAUCUGUAGAUCAGAAAGUGAUGGGGAAAGUGAAUCAGCAAGUGACGAGGAUAGCCUUGAUAUUACUAAAGGUUUAGCGGGAUGUUUGAGAGACUGGGCAACACAUUUUCGCAUUUCAUUGAUUGCUUUGUCUGCCCUUUUGUCGAUACUGAAAGUCCAUCACCCAUCUUUGCCAAAAGAUGCAAGAACAUUACUCAAAACACAGACUCAACAUAGUGUUGUUUCCUUGGCGAGUGGAUCAUUCCAUUACUUUGGUAUACAGAAAAUGUUCAGCCACAUAUUUCAGAAGCUUACAUCAGUUGUCCGGAAUCAUCACAGCUUCAAAUUGCAAUUAAACAUGGAUGGUCUUCCAAUUUUUAAAAGUUCAGGUGUACAGUUCUGGCCAAUUUUAGGAAUGCUCCAGGCUUACAGUAGAAAACCUGUGCUGAUUGCUCUUUACUGUGGGAAAUCGAAGCCUCAGUCCUUGUCAGAAUAUCUGAAGGAUCUGGUCUGUGAGUUGAAAUCCUUGAGCACUGGUUUUGUUGUUAAUGGAAAGACCUUCUUCUUGACUGUGUGCUCGGUAAUCUGUGAUGCUCCUGCGAGGGCUUUUAUUAAGGGUAUUAAGUCACACAAUGGAUACAGUGGCUGUGAUAAAUGUGUACAGUCUGGCAUUUACAUUAAUAAUCGCAUGACAUUCCCAGAACUUAAUUCUAGGGUAAGAACCGAUGUUUCUUUUUCAAAUGCAGAGGAUGAAGACCACCAUGUACAACAUUCCCCAUUUUGUGAAACAUCUGUUCCCAUGGUUAGUGGAUUUCCACAUGACUAUAUGCAUUUAGUGUGCUUAGGCGUGGUGCGUCGUCUGCUUGAUUUGUGGAUGGGAACUCGCGGCAAGUUGAGUUACCGUAUUUCAUCCAGGCAAGUGUCUAUCAUUUCUGGCAAACUGCUUGCUCUCAAGAGUUACAUACCCUCUGAAUUUGCUAGAAGACCAAGGGCACUUGAUGAAAGGUUACGAUGGAAAGCAACAGAACUUAGGCAGUUCUUACUUUACACUGGUCCAGUAGUUUUGAGGGAUGUGCUGACUACUGAGGUUUACCAAAAUUUUAUGUUGUUGUCUGUGGGCAUAUAUAUCUUGGCAAGUCCAACAUAUUGUUUGCUGUUAAAUGACUUUGCAAACACACUACUUAGAUCAUUUGUUAAGCAUUUUGGGGAACUCUAUGGUCAUUGUUUUUUAGUGUACAACAUACAUGGUCUGACUCAUCUCAGUGAUGAUGUGAAGGUGCAUGGCCACUUAGAUUUAAUUUCAGGGUUUCCUUUUGAAAACUACUUAAAAAAAAUUAAAGGAAUGGUUAGAAAACCUAGCUCACCACUGCAGCAAGUUAUACGCAGAAUUUCAGAACUUGAUUCAACAAGUUUAAAUGAUGAGGAAACCCGGAAAGCUCACAAAAAAAUGAAAAUGCUGCACUCAGAUGGACCUGUUCCAGAAGGAUUCACAGGAGCGGUCUCCCAAUUUAAGGAACUGUCGAUAGAUGAGGUUGUCAUCAACACAUCAGAGAGGGACAGAUGUAUAAAGAUGAACAAUAAGAUACUAUUGGUUCAGAAUAUAAUUGUCUUUGAAGGUGAGGAAUAUAUUGUCUGCAAAGAAUAUAGACACAUUGCAAAGUUCUUUGAUUAUCCCAUUGAGUCCACAGAUUUGGGAAUUUGUUUUGUGUCAGAUCUGUCACCAAAGCUGAUGUGCUUAACAUUAGAUACCAAUAUGCAGAAGUGCGUCCGGUUGCCUUUGGAGGUUGGAUUUGUUGUCAUUCCACUUCUUCAUGCAGACCCAUCCUAAAUGUCAUUCAUAGCGUGGUGUUUUGGUAGUCUUUAAAUCUGAAUUUUAGAUAGUCCAAUCUUUUUCAAAUUGAAUUAAUUUAUGUGCAGAUUGGCAUUUAGACAGCAGUGACAGAGUCCAGCCUGCCUUGGGUUAUUUCAGUAGGUCAUGUUUUACAUUGUAGAGUUUCUAGAAACCCAAGAAGUUGAAGUGGUACCAGCACUUUGGGUUGAAAAGGAAAUAUGUCAAUGGCCAGCUCAAUACAGACGUGAUGAAUUAGUAAAGGCCAU